AAACUAAAGGGGUUUUGAGAUAUCCAUCUAGCAUUAGGAAAGUCUUAUGUCUUAAGUCUUGUUUUUUUUUUUUUGUUCAGAUCGUCUUCUACGAGGAGAGGAACUUCAAAGGCCGUUCCUAUGAGUGCAGCAGCGACUGCGCCGAUAUGUCGUCCUACCUGAACCGCUGCUACUCGUGCAGGGUGGAGAGCGGCUGCUGGAUGGUCUACGAUCAGUCCAAUUUCAUGGGGAACCAGUAUUUCCUCAGAAGGGGCGAUUACCCAGACUACAUGAACAUGUGGGGAUGGGGCAUGAACAACUGGAUCAGAUCCUGCCGCAUUAUCCCCAUGUUCCGCGGCUCCUACAGGAUGAGGAUGUACGAGAGGGAGAACUUCAUGGGCCAGAUGAUGGACGUGACUGACGACUGCGACUCCAUCAUGGAUCGUUACCACUGGUCCAGUGGCUGCAUGUCGUGUCACGUGAUGGACGGCCAUUGGCUCAUGUACGAGUAUGCUCACUACAAGGGCAGGAUGUGGUACUUUAGACCCGGGGAGUACCGGAGCUUCGGGGAGAUGAUGGGAAGCAGCAGUAUGAGGUUCAUGAGCAUGAGGCGCAUCUUGGAUUCCUGGUAUUAAAAAAAAAAAAAAAUGUGAUCUGCAAUCGGAUUUCAAGAUGAGCCGCUUAUAAAUAAAGACUUAUAAAACUUACCAUGUUGUUUUAUGUGGGGUUUUUUUUCAGAGGGUAAAAAUUGAAAA